AUGGGUAUCUCAUACAGCACAGCGAGAUGGAUUGCUCCAAGCAGCUUCUUGCUCGAUUUUGCUUGUCAGCAAUGCGGGAUGCUCUCCACCCCAAAUAUGAAGGAUAUCCACGACCAGAACCUCUCAUUCUUCAGCCCUCAACCUUAUUUCAUAGCUGGUUUCUUCUUUCCUCAGCAGCUGUUCCAAGUGGCGUGGCUAUACCGUCUUUGGAAACUAGAUCCAACGAAGCCGGCGGAGCGGCAAGAGAUGGAUGAGAUAGUAGAGUACGUACCAUACUAUAGUAUAGGUAACAUUUGCAUCGCAGCAUGGAUGAUCGCGUGGAACUCGGGCAGGUUAUAUAUCUCCCAUUGUUUCGUGACUGUCAACACCCUGAGCCAACUGUGGUAUCUGACCACCCGUUUGCAACCUAUGAAUACUCGGUCAACGUCUUCGGUACUCACACAUAUUGUGUCCAAGACGUUCGCAGGAAUUGGGGUCCUGGAUUUCUUGCACAACGGCUCGGCAGCAUUUUGCAAAAGUCAGCAAGCGACCGGUGCAAUAAAAGUCCUUACCGGUAUAGGAUUCGGCUUGGCUAGUGCUGCUAGUGACUGGAUCUUUGGAGGAUGCUUAGUUUAUGAUUUGGUCGCUCUAGCAGCAGGUCAGUCAGGAGAUUGGAGAACCUUGUUGAGUGUGUUUGCCGUCGGCAGUGCUGGGAUUGUCACAGCAAGGAACACUGCUAAGUGA